GUUUUGACAGGCAGCAUGGAUGUAAGUACCUCAUCAAAUUCUCAGAUCGCUACACUGCAUUCUGAUGCUCUCUGCAGCAGCUGCCCUCCCUCUGGUUCUGCCCCACAGGCUAACAGCCUUUGGCCCACCCUGCCACCGUCUGGAACUGGAUUCCCUGGGUGGCCAGGACAGCCCACCCAGCCUGCACCAUGCUGGACUGGCCAGCCAAACACGCCCUGCUGGCCUGGGCCACAACCAGCUCCAGUCUCUGUCCCUGCAACAAUUUCAGUUCCAGCCCCGGUGCAAACCAUUACACCGGCUCCUGCACCAACUACAACCAUAAUGCCAGCUCCAGCUCCAGCUCUAGGUCAGCCCUGCCAGCCCUGCUGGCCCGGCACCCAAUAUCAGCUUCCACAGCCAACAGCUCCAAUUCAAGUUCAGGUCCCUGCUCAAGUCCCAACUCCGACUCCAGUUCCAGUCCCAGCACCCGCUCCUGCUCAUGCUACCAGCAUCCAUCCAAAUGUACCAGGGUGGCCUGCCCACCCUGGCUGGCCUUAUAACCCGGGACAGUCAGGAUGGCCUGGACAGAAUCCAUCUCUCGUGCCUGUACACUGGCUUCCACCCACAUCUGGACCUCUGAGUGUGCCAUACAACCUGAACCUGGCCCGUGGGGUGUAUGACAAGAUGAUGAUGACCAUCUUGGGUCAUGUCAAACCUAAUGCUAAAAUGUUCACAGUGAACUUUCUGAGAGGCAAUGACAUUGCCUUUCAUAUCAACCCUCGCUUCAGUGAGGGGGGCAAACAGGUGGUGGUCCGUAACCACAAACUGGGUGAGCGCUGGGGCCCAGAGGAGAGGGACCUGAAGGGACCCUUCCCCUUCGCUCCUGGGAGCCCAUUUGAGAUGAAGAUCCUGUGCACUCAUGAGGCGUUCAGGGUGGCAGUGAACAACCUCCCGCUGUUUGAGUUCCGACACCGUGUCAGAGAGCUCAACCAGAUUGACAGGAUAAACAUCCUGCAUGAUGUCGUCCUCACCUAUGUCAACUUGGAGACACUUCCAUAGGAAACACAUUG